AACAACAAGUCUGAACAAACUCUGCUGCUUCACUUCCGAAUGUUUGAGACACCUCCAUCAGAUGAGCACCUCCUCCGAUCACCUGAGAGAGACUCACCUGAGAUCAUGACGGACAACGAGCGCGCGGCGAGAACUCUUAAACACCUACUGCAGAAGGCGGGAAACGGCAGCUGCGCGGACUGCGGCGUGGACAAUCCAGAAUGGGGCUCUAGUUCUUUAGGAGUGUUCAUCUGUCUCGGCUGCUCUGGAAUCCACCGGAAUAUUCCCAGUAUUGGAAAAGUGAAAUCUCUCCAACUCGCGCGCUGGGAGGAUUCAGAAGUUCAGUUUAUGUCUGAGCAUGGGAACGAAGCCAUGAAGGCCAAAUAUGAGGCUGCACUUCCUGUUUACUACUACAAACCCACUCACAGAGACUGCCAGGUUCUGAAGGAACAGUGGAUUCGGGCGAAGUACGAGAGGCAGGAAUUCAUUGAAGAGGGCAAGAAGCUGAUCUAUGAGGACGAGACGAGAGAUGGCAUGCUAAUGAAAAGAGGGCGGGACAAUGGACAGUUUCUCAUCAGACGAUUCAUCCUGUCUUUGAGAGACGGCACACUAAAGUACUACACUAAACUUGAUGCAAAGGAACCAAAGGCGGUUAUAAAGGUGGACACCAUCAACGCCUGCUUCCAGCCAGAUAAGAUCGGAAACCCCAACGGUCUGCAGAUCACCUACCUGAAAGACAACACCACACGAAACAUCUUCGUUUACCAUGACAGCAGUAAAGAGAUCGUGGACUGGUUUAACUCAAUCCGAGCAGCUCAGUUGCACUAUCUGAAGGUGGCGUUCCCUGGAGCAACGGAUGCUGAGCUGAGGCCCAAACUAACACGCAGUUUCCUGAAAGAAGGUUUCAUGGAGAAAACAGGGCCCAGGCAAACAGAAGGCUUUAAGAAGCGCUGGUUCACUCUGGAUCACAGACGGCUCAUGUACUUCAAAGAUCCACUGGAUGCGUUUGCUAAAGGUGAGGUGUUCCUGGGUCACAGAGAUCAUGGUUACCGCGUCACGCUCGGACUGCCAGCAGGAACUCACUGUAACGGCACCUGGCAGUAUGGCAUCACCAUAGAAACACCCGAACGCAGCUUCCUGUUCACCUGUGAAACGGAUACGGAGCAAAAGGAUUGGAUGAGCCAUUUCAAUAAUGUCAUCAACAUUCCCAUGAGCCCUCAGGAGUACACAGUGGAGGCGUACUUCAGACACAAACACUGAUGGAGUGUUCAGCUUUUUUGACCUUUCACCUGUGACCUCUGCAGCCACGCAUUCAGUUAUGAGCCCACAAACUGAACUGACACGGAUCUCACAGCACGUGUAUCUGAUAUGUUAUUCUGUAGUGUUUUUCCCAUUUGUUUAUGUUGUUUUACACUAAGUUUUUUGUUUUUUUUUAAAUAUACUGUACUAUGAUACUGUAUCAUUAUAUCCAUUACAUCCAGCCUAGAUUCAAAGUAAUUUGUCUUCUGUCAAUAACAAAAACGGGUUACCAUGUGGACCAUGGCAAUAUAUACAGUAUAUACAUACAUAUAUAUAUAUAUUUUUUUUUUACAUAAGUCAUAUCUUAGAGUAGCUUCUAAAUGAAUAUCAGUACCAUGGUGUAUCUUAAAGUACCAUGGUAUUACCAUCUGAUCACUAUACAACAAAUGUAUUUUUAAGGGGUUGUUUUAUUGUGGUCAGUUAAUGUAAAGUAGCUUAAAUUAGUUUCUGCCAUGUUAACUUUUCUAUGGCGUAGGACUCCCCCUAGUGCUGAUACUGAGUUGUUCAUUUUUCAGCUGACCCUUAAAUUUCUCAACAAAUGUAAUAAAAUUACAACUUUAAGAUACCAUUUAACAUUAAAAUAUUUUCAGGAAAUGAUUUUGUAUUAUUGCACAGCUACUUACUUAGCAAAUUAAUAAAUGGACAUUAAAUAUUGA